CGGAACUACAGAUUACUGUAUUCGUACAGUACUUCGUCAUGCCAGGCUCCAGGAUAGCGAAGUUAAAUGGCUACGAGUUGCGAAGCAUCAAGCCCGUGCGCCCAAAGUCUAGCUGCUGCAGGCUACCCUCACCUCCCUACCCCAUGAUUGGAAGUGAAGAUACGACGAACCUGAGUGAUUGAGGUGUGCUGGCACCUAGUAUAUAUUCGAUAACCCCCCGCGGAUCUCCCAGCUUUUCGGUCUCUUCCUUUCCCCCAACUUUGAAGUAUCAGCCUUACUACCCCGCCAAAACUACAGAACCCCACACUAGUAUCUUCAAUCCGCGCUUGUUGGAUUUUGAGCUUCCAUUUCCUCAAAGAAACAACAACCAACUCGCGUUCGUUGUUCUCCACACCUGCUCCAGGCAUUUCUAGACUUAGGAGGCUUUUUGAGCAACCCGCUUAUACCGACCGACUUCUUUAAUUCUCACCGAACCUGCGAGGAAUACCAGAACCAUGGCAGACCUCGCGAGUCGUAUUACCAACCCAAACGAGGCGCCAGUCGACAAAGUCACGCCCGUUGCGGAAGCCACCGGCUCCGAGCAAUUGAUUGACGAUGGGGGUAGCGGUGGAAUUGUCGACUCGACUUAUGAAGUUGAGGUGAAGCUCGCCGAUCUGCAAAACGAUGCUUCAAACCCCCUCCAUUCGAGCGUUUCGUCAUUCGAAGAGCUCGGACUCGCUCCAGAGAUCCUCAGCGGGCUGCUAGCUAUGGGCUUCAAGAAGCCCUCGAAGAUCCAGGAGAAUGCGCUUCCUCUGAUGCUUAAGAACCCCCCCCGCAACAUGAUUGCACAGUCCCAGUCCGGCACGGGAAAGACAGCCGCAUUUGUCCUCACGGUCCUGUCGCGCGUCGAUUUCGCACAGCCUCAGCAGCCCCAAGCGCUUGUCCUGGCGCCGAGCAGAGAACUUGCGCGCCAAAUCCAGAAGGUGAUCCAAGAAAUUGGACGGUUCUGCACCAAUUUGAUUGUCCAGCUUGCCGUUCCCGGCUCGAUUUCGCGCGAGACGGGCGUGAGAGCGAGCAUUGUAACGGGAACUCCGGGUACCGUUAUGGACCUGAUCCGGCGCCGCCAGUUCGACGUGUCGCAAAUGAAAGUUCUCGUUAUGGACGAGGCCGACAACAUGCUGGACCAGCAGGGGAUGGGCGAGCAGUCUGUUCGGGUGAGAAAUCUGCUUCCGAAAGAGACGCAACUCCUUCUUUUUUCGGCCACCUUCCCCGAGAAGGUCCUGAACUUCGCGCGGAAAUUCGCGGGUGACGCGAAUGAGAUCAAGCUUCGGCACAACGAACUCACGGUCAAGGGCAUCUCUCAGAUGUAUAUGGACUGCCCCGAUGAGAGCAAAAAGUACGACAUCCUCUGCAAACUAUAUGGUCUCAUGACGAUCGGCUCGUCCGUCAUCUUUGUCAAGACCCGUGAGAGCGCCAACGAGAUCCAGCGGCGCAUGGAGGCAGAUGGACACAAAGUCUCAGCGCUGCAUGGCGCACACGAAGGGGCGAACCGUGACGCCCUUCUCGAUGACUUCCGGUCAGGUCGGUCUAAAGUGCUGAUCACUACCAACGUGCUGGCCCGCGGCAUCGAUGUGUCCAGCGUCUCAAUGGUCAUCAAUUACGACAUCCCCACGAAGGGCUUCGGUGAUCGUGAACCCGAUCACGAAACUUAUCUGCAUCGCAUUGGCCGCACUGGCCGCUUUGGACGGGUGGGCGUCAGCAUUACCUUCGUGUACGACCGCAAUAGCUUCGACAUGCUCUCAAAGAUCGCGAAGCACUAUGACUUGGACCUCGUCCAGCUAAGCCCGGAUGACUGGGACGCGACGGAAAAGAAGGUUCAAGACAUCAUAAAGUCGAGCCGGGCACGGCCUGAUUACGCGCCUAACCCGCUCGGAAACUGAGACCGCUCGUGUAAGCGGAAGGGGCGGGAUAUUUUUUACAGCACUAUUUAAAAGCUUCUUGGCUUGAAUGUGAUACCCUACGGGGGUAUCACCGGGCAAUUAUGGAGUUCCACAUGGAUUGACUGGCGGCCGAUUUGGCGCCAUCACGUGUUAAUGGAACGAAAACUGUAAUGGAGAGGUAAUCAGGAGUUCUUUGAUAGGGUGCAAUAGAAGUUAUCAUGGCUUUUGAUGCCACAGAGAGAUGUCAAGAUCAUAUGAUGAUGGCUCAAGUUAUGGUCAAAAGAGAAACAAGGCCACAUCCAGCAACCACCAGAACUCGCAGUCUCCAAAAACGCGGCAAGGCGUCAUAAUGGUGUUCUAGACAUGCGCGAAGGUUCUCAGCGUUUUUUUACCUUUGGCGCCGG